AUGGCGGCGGAAAACUUCAUACGCGACAUAUCAACCUAUCUGACUGCGGGCAAUUUCUCAGACCUCACAUUGCAAUUUGGCGAGAGGACCUGGAAGAUUCAUAAAGCUAUUGCAUGCUGCCAUUCAAAAUGGUUUCACAACGUCAUGACAAUUGGGUUCAAAGUGAGUACCUGUACUUGUGAAUCAAUACAGGAGACAGAGACCAACGUGAUAACCUUAGAGGAUGACGGUGAGAUGGCGGAUGCACUAGACUGCAUGGUGUCAUACUUCUACGAGGCAGGCUACGACACAUCCAAGUACAGCACGCCCGGAACCCUACUCCAUGCACAAGUCGCAGUCGUCGCGGACAAAUACGAUUGUCCGUCCCUUUACAAGCUGGCCAGUGCCUCCUUCGCAAAACAGGUACCGUCAGUGAAGAGCGACGACUGGAUCGACAUCGCUGCCCUAAUUUACGACUACACAACUUUGGAAUUGACGACUCAUUCAGAAUUACGAAGUCUGGUGAUCAAUUCGGUCUUGAGCCGUCCAGACAUGUUAACAACGAUUCUGGAGAAAGACACCAUGGUCGACAUCCUCCGCUCGAAUGCAGAUCUGGCAACGGACCUGCUGCUAGCUAGGCCCAAGACAAGAGACACCUCCGAGCACCUUUUCAUGUGCGACAAAUGCCAAUACGUGCAUGCUGGGCCGCGCGAUUGCGCAUAUAUCGAGUCGAGAAAUGGCGCGGGUAUGGGACGAGCCUGCCCGAAUUGCGGGGUGAAGGACCAUGGACCGUUAUCUAAACGGUACUAUCAUAAAGUUUUCCUGGCUCAGGGUUUUCCUUGUUCGUCUUGCGGCGGGACACAUACCACGGAGCCUGCUCCUGAGCCGCAGUCCUCGAUGAUGGAUGUACAGCAAUGA